AUGGGAGUGCUUUCCAAGAGCCGCUUACGCUGGGGCGAGGCUUUCAGAGGUGAUGAAAGCCUCAUGGAAGAGGCAGGACCCAACAAGGUUCGUCUCAGAUUGGCUGGUGAGGUGCACGAAGGAAGUGUCUUUGCAGGUCGGCACAUGAGCAUCCAUUGGGCAGACGGUGUGCCCGGGGAGUGUUUACCAGAGCGUGUACACGGAAUAAGAGCUUGCGCAACUCGAGCAGAACGACAGUUGAUGAAUAAGAGAGGAAGCAGGGAUGUCGGAUUCUUGGUGUCUGCUUGA